AUGCCACAACAAGCCAUAAGCGUACACGGGCUGUACGCAACAGACGUGAAGCAGAAUAUUGAACUGCUCAUCGACAAUCUGGUCAACAUCAAGGAUGAGACUGGAGAAUUCCUGCUAAGACUGCCCGAUGGCCGGGUCUUCGACACCAAAGGCUGGAACGAUUGGGAAUGGACUCACGGGAUUGGCCUGCUUGGUCUGUGGCAAUAUUACGCCGUCGAGGGUUCGCCAAAGGCACUGCAAGUCAUGCAGGACUGGUACAAGGGUCAGCUCGCUUCGGGAACUACCAAGAACAUCAACACCAUGGCUGUCUUCACCACACUGGCAUACCUUUACGAGAAGACUGGAGAGCAGACGUACCUUCCGUGGCUCGACUCGUGGGCGGAAUGGGCCAUGUAUGAGCUUCCAAGGACGGAGUUCGGUGGUAUGCAGCACAUGACCUAUCUCACCGACAACUACAACGAGUUGUGGGAUGAUACGUUGAUGAUGACUGUGCUUCCGCUGGCGAAGAUUGGCUUGCUUCUCAACAGACCUCAUUAUGUCGAGGAGGCUAAGCGACAAGUUCUGCUGCACAUCAAGUACCUCUUCGACCCGACGACAGGACUGUUCUUCCACGGCUGGAAGUUUGACAAAGCGGCGCCAGGUGGCUUUGGUCAUAACUUCGCUCGGGCGAGAUGGGCUCGCGGGAAUUCGUGGUUGACCAUAUUCAUUCCUGACUUCAUCGAGCUGUUGAAUCUGCCCCCGGGCGACAGCUUCCGAACACAUCUUAUCGACACACUGGAAGCUCAAUGUGCUGCACUACGGCGACUCCAGGAUGAGGAAGGUGCGUGGCGGACGAUCCUCGAUGUGCCGCUCAGUGAAGGCAGCUAUGUUGAAGCAUCGGCGACCGCUGGCUUCGCGUAUGGAAUCCUGAAAGGUGUAAGGAAGCGGUAUAUCAGCAAAGACUAUGAGCCGAUCGCUUUGAAAGCGGUGAAUGCUGUUCUGAAGAGGAUCGACCCCAGUGGUGAGCUGAAGGAUGUCAGCUUCGGUACUGGCAUGGGUCAUGACCUCCAGCAUUACAAGGACAUUCCUUUGACCAGUAUGCCGUAUGGGCAGUCGAUGGCGAUGAUGUUGCUGGUCGAACUGUUGCAGAGGUUCCGGUAG